AUGGAUGAUGAUACGCAAGCAAUUGCCAUAGGUCUUGGCGCUGGUCUUGGCGGGUUUGCUGGCCUUUUACUUAUUGGUUGUAUUUGUUGGCAAAUACUUUGUGGCUCUUGGUGUGAAAAGAAAAAAGUUCAAGCAAGAGUAAAUCCAAUUCCAGCUAAAAAUCAACGACAUAUAACGACAGUAACUAAAGUACAUAAUAAUUCAUUAAUUAUGACAGAUAUGAACAAUACUAAUGUUAAUCCUGAUUUAAAAUCGAGUACUGCGAAUGAUUUAGCAAGUAACGUCAAAUCAGCACGCCGAUGA